CGAUGACCGAGCACAAUGAGCGCCUUCUUUUGGAGAUGGAGAUGAACCCCGCGCUCCUCCAGGGCUCUCACCGCGAGCAGUGGGAAGCGAUCUCCGACCUCGACUCCUUCUUCAAGCGGGUGUACAAUUACUUUGACGAGCGCGGCCUCCGGUGCAUCCUAGCAGGCCGGCUGAUCAGCCUGGGGAUGCUCGCCUUCACCAUCGCCCUGUCCGCCUACCUGGCGGAGGCCGUCAACUGGGACGGGCUCGUCAACGAGUGCGUCGACGAGAGCACGUGCGCCGGCGUCAAGCUGCUGCGGGAUGACUCCUUCCGCUCGCCCUCGCCCUUCCUCGUGCUGUUCCUGCUCGUCUUCUCGGUGUACUGGCUGUCCGUCCUCGUCUUCUACCGCAUCUCGCCCGACGCGCUCUUCGGCGAGGCUGCGGCGCCGCGCCAGGGAUUCAACCUGCUGUGGUGGCUCGCCGUCUCCUCCACCAUCCUCGCCAUCUCGCGCGCUUUCUCCGACCCUCCCAACGCGCCCCUCCACCCCGAGGCCUUGCUGCAGUCCGUCGCGCGUCACACGCACUAUCGGCCUGCGAGGUGGCGGGGCAAGGGGCACACGCGAGCCGUCUACGACGAGUUUGUCUGCCUGUACCAGUACCGCGUCUGGCUGCUGCUCCAGGAGAUCCUCGGCUGCCUCACCGCGCCGCUCGUCCUCUGCCUCGCCCUCCCCGCGCGCGCGGAGGAGCUGCUCGAGUUUGUGCGCGCCUUCACCGUCCAUGUCGACGGCGUGGGACACGUCUGCGGAUUCGCGCUGUUUGACUUCGAGCGGCACGGCGACACGCGCUACGGCGCCCCCGUCGCGGGCGCGCCCGCGCACCGCUCGCGCGACGGCAAGAUGGGAGGGGCCGUACCUGGACUUGAACCAAGUAGCAGCCCCUCACUGGCCAUCACUCAUUCCUCCUCAGGCAAGAUGGAGAAGUCCUACCUCAACUUCAAGCUUCACCACCCGUCGUGGCGGCGCGGCGAUGGCGAGGCGAGGCUCCCGCGAUGCGGGUUCGCCCUCGGCGCGUCGUUUCCGGGCGUGCCAGCUGGCGCCGUCUCGAGCGAGCUGCAGUCGGAGCAGCUGACGUCAGACAUGAUGGGCCUACUCGACCAGCAUUUCGUCGCCCACUCGUGCGGCGGCGGUGCGCGCGGUGGCGGCGGCGGUGCGCCGGCGCCGUUCCGCGCAGAGGAGCAGCCGCUGCAGCCGCCGCCUCCGGCUCAGGAGCUCGAGCUGAGCAGCAGCCACAACGUGAGAGGCGGCGCCGCCGGCGCCGAGGCGGGCCUUCCCGUGGCGGCGCCCUCGGAGCAGACCUCUCCGUCGAGCUCCUCGCCCGACUUGGCGUCGCAAGCGGACCACCAGGUCUGACAAAUGGCUGCCGCACUCCGGUCCGUGGACGCUGCAAAACGCCGUGCGGGCUCUGUUUGGAGCUUGCCCGGCGCGGGGACCCCCUCGUCCACAGUCUCUUCCACAUUCUCUUCCACAUUCUUCCGCUCGAGGGGAGGGGGCUGCAUCCUCGCGGUCGUAUCGUCGCGCAGGCAUCGCCACACCUCUACAAUCCCCCCCCCCCCACACACACACACACCCGUAAGCCCCUGCGCGCUCUGUAUAUGCCCCAGCCGCUUCGCCCGCCACACGGGCGCGAGGUUUUGCCCCGGUGCCACUGUCCGGGCGUCUCUUUUGCAAGUUUUAGCUCUGGUCGAGAAAG